AACACAUUGAUGGAUAUUGUGCCUAUUUUGGACUACAUUUCCCCUAGAAUUACUUCUGUUUGCGCCUAAAGAGCACUAUUGGCUUGUGGGUAGUGUUCGAGCCCUCGGUUGACUUGGUUGUAGAUUCUUAUUCGUUUGCUCGGUGCGCGUUUCGGAAGUCUGCUCGUGAAAGCCAAGACAACCUGGAAAAUACAGGCGAUUUCACAGCAGGGCCGUGGUGUGGCGGCGCAUCAGCCUGAUCUUGUUCAGGAUUGCAUCUUACAAACAAGUAGUUCUUCACGUCGGUUAAAAAAAAGCGGAUGCCGUGAUACUAGCACGACAGAGCUAUAGUAACGGACCACAUGGAAGAUCAUGUCUUCGGCUUCGAGCAAGAAUUUCUUACCAAUCGCGCCUACCGGCGCUCCGCCUCGAAAAGAUGCUCCACCACCGCAUAGUACUAGCGCCCUACGCGGGCGCGGAGGACCAACACCCUCGAACAAUGAAAGGCCGCACAAGAUGAAUCCGAGGAAAAAAAACUUCGUGCCCUUAGUUUCACCUCCGGCACGUCCUCCGGAAAGCGCACCGUUGCUGCUGCACGAUGAGGACGGGAGAAGAGGAGACGAAAAACAAGUGACAGGGAACAAAGGGCAUUAUGAUCCGAAGCAAGAACUGAGGGCCGCUACUCCCUGCUCCGGUGGAGGUAGUAGAUCUGAUCUCUUACAUCAAGCUGAGAAGCCCCUGCCCUCCGAGUCAACGCUUGUGCCUGAAAACUUCGAGUGGGGCAGUUGUGGUAGUUCUGCUGGUGGUGCUGGUGGUGGUGGUUCGGAAACCUUUUCGCAGCAAAAUUCUCCUACGUCGCAGCUUUCAUCCCCAAGAGGCACUGCUGCACAAGCUGCGAAUUCUAAUUCAUCUUCCGACGUGACCACCCUGCACGUCGGAAAGAACCGCCGGGACCACGAUCGCGCCCCGCGGCUUUCUUUCCUGUUCCCCAAAUCCCCGGGUACUUACCAGCUGCAGGACCUGAAUUUGCACGCCCUGGGGCUGCGGGUGAAACCGCUGGCGGAAGUGAAGCUGCUACAGUCGGUCGUGUUGGAGAUGGUGCUGCCCGGGGACUUCGCGCAACCGGUUCUCCUGGCGCAGCAACAACAGUUUGGAUUUGGAAAUUAUAGCAGCGCCGUCGGAGCUGGUGCUGGCGGUGGAUCCAGCGCGACGAGCAUGGGCGCUGCAGCUGCGGGGGGAACGAGUACAGCUUCCGCACAAGGAGGUACCACCGCAGUCAUGUUGCCGCAGUCGCUGCAAAAAUUGGCAUCACAGGGUACUGCCACAACACAGCAUUCGUCUUUACUACCGGCUGCCUCUUCUACCGCAAAAACCUUCUGGUCCAGCAGCUCGAAUUAUCAGAAAAAAUACCGCACGGUCGACGUUCACUACAUUGGCUGGUACGUGUCAUCUAUGUAUUGCAAAAGUAUCUUCGUAUUUCUAGUGGUCAUUGCAUUACAAACUUGCUCAGCAUGACGAUCGGAAUUUCUCAUGCUGUUUUACCUUAAGAGGAUGAUUUCGAUUUGUCAUACACAAUUGCAACUAGUACGACCACACGAGUGCGAUACUUUUGCAAUGCAUAUCAUCUGGAACGACGACGACAACCACAGGAGCUGGAAGUACCUUUACAAAUCCGACGUUGAUCUACAAGGCGUUCCAAUUCGAUACCACGUACAACCGCCACAAACCGCUCCGGAUGGACAAGUUGGGAAAAAACGCGUAUUUUCCCGGCUUGGAGGAAGCCGUAGUGCAGUUGUGCGUCGGCUCCAAAGCACUCGCGUACAUCCCCCCGGGCAAGGCGUUCGGCAGUCGCGGCUUCAAGGCUCUCAUCCCGCCGAGUGCGCACCUGAUCCUGUGGUUGUGCGUCGAGAAACCCGGAGGAGCGACGGGGAGUUUGUCGAGCGGUGGGGGAGGG